AUGGUUUUUGCCGUCCCAGAACAGCCCAAAACCGAACUCGGUCGUUACCGCAUUCUUUCCAGCACAGCUGGUGUUCGUGUCUCUCCAAUUGCGCUCGGCGCCUUGUCCCUUGGGAAGUCCUGGUCCUUGAUCAUGGGCACCGUGGAUGAGGAGCAGUCCUUUGAGCUUUUGGACGCAUACACGGAUGCCGGCGGGAAUUUUAUUGACACAGCAAAUAACUACCAAAAUGAGGAUUCAGAGAAGUAUAUCGGCAAAUGGAUGGCGGCAAGAGGCAACCGGGACCUUCUAUUCAUCGCCACGAAAUUUACCAAUUCCUACCGUACGCAUGAGCUGGGGACUGGCAAGACAGGCCGAUGGAACGUAAUGCGCCGUGAUUUCGAGAGAGAGAUCAUUCCUAUGGCCCUUCAUUUUGGUAUGGCGCUUUGCCCAUGGGAUGUUCUUGGAGGUGGUCAAUUUAAAACUGCCAGACAGCUUGAAGCGGCGGAAAACUCCAACCAGGGAAGCCGCAGCGGUGUCCAGAGUGAGGAGGCUCGCCAGGUUAGUGCAGCGUUGGAGAGGGUGGUUUCUGGGCACGGAAUCAACAGCGUCCAACAGAUUGCCCUCGCCUAUAUCAUGCAGAAGGCAAGGAAUGUGUUUCCGGUAGUUGGUGGCCGAAUGGUCGAGCACCUGCAUGACAACAUUGGUGCUUUGAGCAUCUACUUGACGGAUGAGCAGAUUCGAUACCUGGACAGUAUAAAAGACUUUGAUCUUGGAUUUCCGCUGAACUUCAUUGGUGAUGAUCCCAAGGAAAUAGGCACUCAGCCCCGGAUGAUGGAGAUUCUGACAGGUGCUAAGAUUGCCUGGCAAAAGUCUCCCAAACCUAUCGGUCACGACUGA